CUCGGCCUCGGCGGGGUGGCCUGGACCGGCGAACUACAAAGCCCGGCGGCCCCGACCGCUGGCAGAGAACGAUAAACUUUGAGCGGACCGGGCGAGAAAAAAAAUCUGUCUUUGUGGUGCGGGGGCUCUUGGGUGGUCGCGGAACUGGGCUCUGCGCUGGGAAAGGGAAGUGGAGGUGAGACUUGGGUGGCCCGCCGUUGGGCCCGCCCCGGCUGUCAGCGCUCAGCCCCACCCCGGCUGGGCUGGGCCACCGCCCCGCUUCUCUUCAAGAAGAUGAAUUUGGCUGAGAUCUGUGACAAUGCAAAGAAAGGAAGAGAAUUUGCACUUCUUGGAAACUAUGACUCAUCAAUGGUAUAUUACCAGGGGGUGAUCCAGCAGAUUCAGAGACAUUGCCAAUCAGUCAGAGACCCGGCUGUCAAAGGCAAAUGGCAACAGGUUCGGCAGGAAUUACUGGAAGAAUAUGAACAAGUUAAAAGUAUUGUCAGCACUUUGGAAAGUUUUAAAAUUGACAAGCCCCCAGAUUUCCCUGUGUCCUGUCAAGAUGAGCCAUUUAGAGAUCCUGCUGUUUGGCCGCCCCCUGUACCUGCAGAACACAGAGCUCCACCUCAGAUAAGGCGUCCCAAUCGAGAAGUAAGACCUCUGAGGAAAGAAAUGCCCGGAGCGGGAGCCCGGGGACCUGUGGGCCGAGCACAUCCUAUAUCGAAGAGUGAAAAACCCUCCACCAGUAGAGACAAGGAUUAUAGAGCAAAAGGAAGAGAGGAUAAGGGAAGGAAGAAUAUGCAAGAUGGUGCAAGUGAUGGUGAAAUUCCCAAAUUUGAUGGUGCGGGCUACGAUAAGGAUCUGGUAGAAACUCUUGAGAGAGACAUCGUAUCCAGGAAUCCUAGCAUUCAUUGGGAUGACAUAGCAGAUUUGGAAGAAGCUAAGAAGUUGCUCAGGGAAGCUGUUGUUCUGCCAAUGUGGAUGCCUGACUUUUUCAAAGGGAUUAGAAGGCCGUGGAAGGGCGUACUGAUGGUUGGACCCCCCGGCACUGGGAAGACUAUGCUAGCUAAAGCUGUUGCCACCGAAUGUGGCACAACAUUCUUCAAUGUUUCCUCUUCUACAUUGACAUCUAAAUAUAGAGGUGAAUCUGAGAAGUUAGUCCGUCUGUUGUUUGAAAUGGCUAGAUUUUAUGCACCCACCACAAUCUUCAUUGAUGAGAUAGAUUCCAUCUGCAGUCGAAGAGGAACCUCUGAUGAACAUGAGGCAAGUCGCAGAGUCAAGUCUGAACUACUCAUUCAGAUGGAUGGAGUUGGAGGAGCUUUAGAGAAUGAUGAUCCUUCCAAAAUGGUUAUGGUAUUGGCUGCUACUAAUUUCCCAUGGGACAUUGAUGAAGCUUUGAGAAGGAGAUUAGAAAAAAGGAUAUAUAUACCUCUCCCAACAGCAAAAGGAAGAACUGAGCUUCUGAAGAUCAAUCUUCGUGAGGUUGAACUGGAUCCUGACAUUCAGCUGGAAGAUAUAGCAGAAAAGAUUGAGGGCUAUUCUGGUGCUGAUAUAACUAAUGUUUGCAGGGAUGCCUCUUUAAUGGCAAUGAGACGGCGAAUCAAUGGCUUAGGUCCAGAAGAGAUCCGUGCACUUUCUAAAGAGGAACUUCAGAUGCCUGUUACCAAAGGAGACUUUGAAUUGGCUCUUAAGAAAAUUGCGAAGUCUGUCUCUGCUGCGGACUUGGAGAAGUAUGAAAAAUGGAUGGUUGAAUUUGGAUCUGCUUGAAUUUCUGUCGGCUCUUUCAUUUCUGAUACGUCGCCGGCAGCUCUUUGGCUGCGAUCCUACAUCGUCUCAUUUGGAGAUCCGUGAUGCCUUCCGUAGACCCCCCCUAGCCCCCACCCGCCAUCCUCAUGACCUAAGGAAAAGAGCAAGAGGGCUCAGAAGCACUCAAAAGCUCUUAAAAAUCAGAUGGCGCAUAUAUCAUUUCUGCUGUGUUCAGUGGCCAAACCAGGCCACGUGGACGAACCUGUUGUCCGUGAAACAGGGAAAUAUUAUUCUCUCUGCAAGGUGUCGCACGGCAAGGGUAGAGAUGUAUGAGCCUCUUCCAGGGAGGGGGUUGGACGACGGGGGACAACAAUCUACUGCGGGUGACCAUCCACCCACGUACCUCACAGCUCCUUGUCGUGCUGGGCGACGACGGGACUGCCCAGCUGGCUUCCUGUCUGUCUUUUGUUUUCAUUUUUUCUUCUUUGGAAGUUUUCGACCUGGGAAGCCAGACCGCUCUCGGGCCGAGUGGAUGUUUAGAGACCUUGCCUCGUGCCAUUAUUUUCCCCCGUAGAGGAACUGAGGUGAUGUGCCCGAGAUCACACAGCAAGACGCUUGGCUACGCUGCUCACUCUCUUCCCAACAUCCACUUGUGAAAGUGUUAGACAGGAAUUGCUGCUUUGCUAACUGUAAAAGAAAAACACCUUGAUUGUUCCUGAAAUCAUACCCCGUCUGAGAGACAGAGAAGUGAAACAGGACCCGAGUGGUCCAUCUCGGAAUGAAAACCGGCUCAGUUUUCUAUCCCGUUUUCCUUCCAGCCACCUUUGUGUGGGAGGCAACCUAUUUAAAUGUAUUAUAGAGCAUCAACAGAGUGCUGGGAGCUGUUCAGUGCUCUAGUAAAGCCCCAGUUCCUGCCAAGGCAGAUCGUGUCUCUGUUUUAUAAAUAGUCUGCGCCCGGUGCUGAUUUGAUUUAAAAUAAAACCUGCAGAUAGUA